UGUAGUGAGCGCAUUGUAGGGGAAAUUAUACAGUGGUGUUGGUUGGUGAAAGCUGUGAAAAAGAUCCAAAAAAGGUUAUAAUGGGCGAGAGAAUCUGAACCAAAUGAAAUUUAUUACCACUUUCGCUGCAUCCGAUUUCAAAUAUUAUUACCUCAAAACUGAAGAACAAAUUCUCCUUUCACUUUAAGCAGAGAAUAAUGGAUUGAUAUAUGGUAACUGAAUCGAAAUUUUGAUCAAUGGGGACAGACUUCCGUCCUUACUGUUGCUAAGCUUACCUUUUACAAGUGAUUAUCAAACAGUUAUGAAGAAAGUAUCUUCUCUGUUAUCUUUUUUUCCUCAUUUUUCUGCAGAUUUUUUCAGAAAUUAUUUUUUUCUUCAAGCUUCAUAAUAAUUCAACUAUUACAAUACAAUGGGUGCCAACAAUAGCCUUCUAAAUCCCAAUUCAGAUGAUUACGACAAAGCCUCUGUUGAUGAGGCAAACUCACCUGAUGCAGACAAUCUGAAAAGCGAAAAAGGAAAAACGAAGAAAAAGAAGAUGACCAAAAAGGAAAGCCAAACACGAUUGAAAGAUGAAAGCUUCAGUGUUAUACAUGAAGACGAAACAUCUGACACGAAGAAACCACAGACGAAGCUACCCAAACGACUUCUCUCAAUGGCAAAGGCGCCGCCUAACUUCAGAAGGAGACCAAAGAACGAUGCAAAGGCGGGUGAAGGUCUUCCGGAAGACGAACUGGACGAGACUGUUCAGAAAGUAUCGGGCUCUGGGAAAUAUCUGAGAGAGAAUCCUGAUUUGAUGGAACUUCAGCAAAAAAAUGAAGACCGACUGAAAGCGAGUAGAAGAGAACAAAUAACCGAAGAUCGGGAUUGAACUGUGUCAAAUUUCAAUUCUAUAUGAAAAUCAUCUCAGGGCUGAAGAAAUUUUAACAAGCAAUUCGGCUUAUUAUUGUUCCGACUUUCGAUACGAAAGUAACGGAAUAUUUGUGCUCGGGGUGGGUUUUUUUUUCUUCAGACAAGUUUCGACUUUUUA